CCUCAAUUUCUCUGUCAGUGGACACUACUGAAGGCUGCCUGCAUCAAGUAGACUUGCAGAGACCCUAAAAGAGCAAAGGGUUCUGGGACACUAGAAGAUGGUGAUAGCUCUGACCAGAGGGUCCCUUGGACUAGGGGACAAUUUAACCAGCUGAAGGCCCUUUGUAUAGCAACAUCACAGUCCAGGAGCCCACCCACCCCAGUUGAAGGAAACCCUCCCUGCCCAGUACAAGAGUCAACCCCUCAGGGACACUGGACCAGCCCCACACCAUCCCUUGGCUGCAUGUUCCCCCAACCCCAGGCAAGACCAGCAGAGGCUGGCAGUGUGUGCCAGACGAGAUUGGUCUCUGGGGUGAGCCCAGUCCUAAGAAGGGGGGUAGGGGCGGUGCCAGGGCCCCAGGCAGCAGGAGUGGGCUGGGCACCUGCCAGGGCUCUGCCUGCCUGUCAGCCGACUCACUGCACAUCUCUCAGCCUUAGCUGUCACCUCACUGGCACCAGGCCCGUCAUCACUUUCCUCUUACUGUCACCUUCCAAGCCCCAGGCUGGCUACUUCAGAAGCCCCAGACGCCAUGGAGGAGUGGGACGUGCCCCAGAUGAAGAAAGAGGUGGAGAGCCUCAAGUACCAGCUGGCCUUUAAGAGGGAGAUGUCCUCCAAAAGCAUCCCUGAGCUCCUCAAAUGGAUUGAGGACGGCAUCCCCAAGGACCCUUUCCUGAACCCCGACCUGAUGAAGAACAACCCCUGGGUGGAAAAGGGCAAGUGCACCAUCCUGUAGACCCAGAGCC